AUAAGGCCCAAUCCAUACCCAAAACACCUACUUCAUAUAAAAUCAAAACCCUAGUUAAUCCUUCUCUUCCUCUAUCGAGCCUCCCUCUCUGCUUUCUCAUAUCGACGAAGACACGCAGAGGAAGAGAGAAGAAGAAGAAUCCCGGUCCAGGGUCGUAGUGAGCGGAGGUAAAAAUGCAGUCCAACGGAGCUCUUACAGCCAUGGAAGUUGAAGCAGGUCCAUCUGCACCAAAUUCAGCGGCUGUGACUUUACCACCCAAGCCAUUGUUUGCGCCUUUGAAGGCUCAUGAGAUGUCAGAUGGACAAGUCCAGUUCCGGAAAGUCUCUGUUCCGCCACAUCGUUAUUCGCCCCUCAAGAAAGCUUGGAUGGACAUAUACACACCAAUUUAUGAGCAGAUGAAGAUAGACAUUCGUAUGAAUCUCAAGGGUCGCAAAGUUGAGUUAAAGACUAGAGCUGACACACCCGAAGUAAGUAAUCUACAGAAGUGCGCCGAUUUUGUUCAGGCUUUCAUGCUGGGCUUUGAUGUUAUAGACGCCAUUGCCCUUUUGCGGAUGGAUGAGCUCUAUGUAGAGUCGUUUGAGAUCAAGGACGUUAAAACCCUUCGUGGGGAGCACUUGUCUCGUGCUAUAGGAAGACUGUCCGGUAAGGGCGGUAAAACAAAGUUUGCAAUCGAGAAUGCUACAAAGACGAGGAUUGUGAUUGCUGACACCAAGAUUCACAUACUGGGUUCGUUUGCAAAUAUUAAAGUUGCAAGGGAUUCUCUUUGCAGCCUUAUCUUAGGGUCCCCUGCCGGAAAAGUGUAUUCGAAAUUAAGAGCAGUUACUGCCAGAUUGGCUGAAAGGUUUUGAUUUCGGGUUUGUCUUGAGUUAUGUUAAGCCAAUUGUAGUUUUGACUCUUGAGUAUUUUGAGGAUGCCUGUGUCUCUGCUAAAGGUUGUUGGAGGGUUUUGUAACAUUGUACGGACAUCUCGUAAGAAUUUUAUUUUAUUUUAUCUUUUGGAAACA